AUGUCGACAGGUAGUAGUAUGGAGAUUGUUCAAAUUAACGUUGAAAAUGAAGAACUACUUGCAUUAGUAAAAGAUUCAAAAACUGCUGCUAGUGGAAAGUGUCCUGUACCAAAUUGGGUUCUUCCUGUCUUGGUUAUUUCUUUGAUUCUUACAAUACUCGGUGCAACAUUUGCUAUGGGCUACUUUAUAUCAUAUCCACGAAAAUCGACUAAAUCAUUAAAACUGUAUAAUGAAAAUUGUACAGUUUUAAGUGGAGAAUGCGAUAGUAGUCGAGGAUUAUAUUGUCCUUCAAGUCAAUGUGUAUGUGAAAGAGCGAGUUCAUAUUAUAAUGGUAGUAGUUGUGUUUGUCCAAAUUUUACACAUAGUGCUAAUCAAGAAUGUGUUCCUGAUGGUUUCUAUGGUCAACCAUGUAGUCCACCAACAGCAAAUUGUCUUUCAAAUUUUAUAUGUGAUUCAACAAGUGUAUGUGCAUGCAAUGCAACAGCAGAAUAUUUCAAUGGAACAUAUUUACCGAAACAAAACGGUUGGCAAACAUGUAAUAAUAUAACAACGGGUACUAGUGCAUCACCAUGUGAUGAUACAUUAGGUCUUUAUUGCUACUCGAAUGGUACAUGUCAAUGUCCCAAUACAAUGUUUUGGCAUAUCAAUAAUCAGCAAUGUGAAACUAAACGUCUCUAUGGAGAUAUUUGUGAUGCUGAUUUUUAUUGUAAUGAAACACUAAAUUUUAUUUGUCCAACAGUACCUGGAACAUGUAAUUGUCCAGCUUGGAGUAAUGAUUAUACAUGUGAUUGUCAACCAAAUUGGUUUUAUGAUGGAUUACAAUGCAUUCAAAGAAAGACUAUUAAUGGAACAUGUUUUGGUACUUAUGCAUGCGAUAUAAACACGCCACUUGUCUGCUUUACAGGCCUCUGUCUUUGUCCAACACCAACAACGUGGACUGGUUCUAAUUGUACAUGUUCAAGUGGUCAGACCUGGACUGGUAGUACUUGUGUUGCUGUCGGUUAA